AUGGAGGGCCACGUCCAGCCUCCUCGCUGUGGUCUGAGCAAGGACGCGGCGCGGCCACUUCGUGUCAUAAUAUGCGGUGGAGGGCUUGGAGGGCUCGGUGCUGCCAUUGCGCUGCGACACAAGGGCCAUCAAGUGGUCGUACUCGAGAGCGCUACCUCCCUCAGCGAAAUUGGAGCAGGUAUUCAGAUUCCGCCCAACAGCGCGAGGGUCCUUCACGACUAUUAUGACCUGGGCGAAAACCUGCGGGCGCACGUGGCUGUGCCGCGCAACAUCGCCAUCAAAAGAUACGCGACCGGGACUGUAUUGGGACGGACGGCUCUCCAUCCUCACCUGUCCGAGAAGUAUGGCUCGCCCUACUGGCUGAUCCAUCGUGCCGACUAUCAGCGUAUUCUAUACGACGAGGCAAUCGCUUUGGGUGCACGAGUCAUCUUGGCGACCUCGGUGGCUUCGGUUGACCCUGACAAGCCAUCAAUAAUCACCACGAAUGGCACAGAAUAUCUGGGAGAUGUCAUCGUUGGUGCGGAUGGUAUCCGCUCCAAGGUUCGUGAAUUCGUCCUCCCAGAUUACAACAACUUCCAGCCGAGCCCGACGGCGAACUGCGCGUACCGUGCAACCGUCUCUGCCGAACUAAUGUCCAUCGAUCACGACACUGCGGAGCUCAUAAGUGAUCCUAAUUCAAACGCCUGGAUUGGCCACCGUCGACACAUUAUGGCGUAUCCCAUCCGUGGUGGUGCACUAUACAACCUUGUGAUGUGCCAUCCAGGUCAGGCAAAACCUGGAGUAUGGAACGAACCGGGGGAUAUACAAAAAAUGCGAGAAACGUACGCUAACUUCGACCCACUGAUCCGCAAGGUCAUUGACAAAGUCACAACUUGUCUACGUUGGACACUUGCCGAUCUGCCGCCUUUGCCAACCUGGCUUAGUCAAUCCGGGAAGGUUGUAUUAAUCGGCGAUGCCGCCCAUGCGAUGGUACCUUUCCUAGCCCAGGGCGCCAGCAUGUCUAUUGAGGACGGACCUGCUCUAGCGGAGUGUCUCAGUCGAGUGAGGGAGAUCGAAGAUGUCCCGAAAUACCUCCGAGUGUUUGAGCAACUUCGAAAGCCGCGUUGCGAGAAGAUGCAGCUGUGUUCUAGGCUCAAUGGCCAGAUGUGGCAUCUCCCUGAUGGACCGCAGCAAGAAGAACGCGACAAGGGUUUCGAGAGAGACGACUUCGCCAGGGGAGAAAGUGAAGUGGAGCAGGAGCAGGGCGAAAAUGUCAACCCGUGGUCCGAUCUGAACUUUCAGCCGUGGCUAUUUGGUUACGACGUCGUCACGGAUGUCAGGAGAGUUCUGGACCAGAUGGAAGAGCAGUCAAUAUCAUCAUACAGGGCCAACAUAUAA